UGUGUUGGGAACAUGGCCCGUGGUGUUAAUGGCGUUCUUAAUGUCGUCCGUCGCAGGUGUAUUUAUCUGGGCCUUGGUGAGUUUAUCGACUUACAAUAAAAAAGUUCACCUAUUUAAAAUCAAUUGAAGCGUAAAAAUGGAGGCGCGGUGAUCAGGUUGAACGUUUAUUAACGAAAGAGCUUUAUAGAGGUCGAUAUCGCAAUCAUUGUUUUCAUCGUGAAUUUUAGGCGACUUAGAUCAUCUUAAGGAACCUCUCGGCACAGGGACAAGAAUUUCUAUAGGAGUUUGUGCGCGUACCAUACAAUACUUUGGUCAAAUAAUGCCUUGAUCGAUAGUUUUACUCGAUCAAGCAUAAAUGAAUGCUUAUGGACUAAAAAAAAAAAAAUUUAAUUUUCUUUUAAAUAAAUAAAUAAAUAAACAAUAGUCAUAUCAUUUUUAUCACGGCAAGUGAAUAUAUAAAAGGUCUUUACAGUUCUUUUAUCAGACACAUAUUUGCAUACGCAGGCUUGAUUUAAUGUUACGUCUUCAGAUCAGAAAGAAAGAGAAAUUCAUUCUAUUGAGCGCGUUAUCAAAGACCGUCACAUCCCGGCGAGGGUUAGGACCUCCUGUUUAAAUGUGUCUAAAAACGUCAAUCAGAGAAAAUAUCACCCCCCGCAUUGAAUAAAACGUUCAGUUGUGUACCUUGCAAUCACGUUACUUAUUAUUUACAGAGCAUAAUGAUAUCACACAUGUUGUAAACUUCAACACGUUUGGCUAAUUGCUCUCUCCCAGAGUAAACACGGCUAUCAUUUAAUAUGUUUACCAAGUAUCGUAUAUUACAUAUUUAACGGGAUUUUUCAAAAGUAAUUUGUUUCCUAAAUGUUGAUACUUUUUGUUAGGACUCUUCCCACAAUCCUGAGCAGUUUCCCUCAAGAUUUGAUCUUGGCGCCUUUGAGGGAUUUUGGUGGGCAUUCGUUACCAUAACAACCGUUGGGUGAGUAAAACCCUCCUACUAAAUUAGUUUUGAACACGCACAUGAAGCACGUGUGGUAUAACUUGUUUGUUUCUUGUCGUUUCUUUACUUAAUCCUACAGCUCAUGAUCAGGAAUAGAGUCAGUUUUCCCUUGUAUUACUUGUCCGUGAAGUAUGUAGAAGAAGACAGAGCCUAAUUUUCUUGUCAAUGGUUGCUAGGCUGUGCUCGUUUUGUUAUGAUAACGACUUUUUUCUUUCCAGUUUCUAAGCAUUGCUUUUGUAAAUAUAUAAUAAUAAAAUCUUCUACUCUACUUAUAACAGAUUCUGCACCCUGUGACAAUUGUACAUGAGUAAUAACUUUCUUUUUCUCCGUGCGUGAUAAUUUGAAGUCUCGUGCCUUAUAAUGUGGUAUUUUUUUUAAAGAAGAGAAGGCUAACACCCUUGGGCGAAAGAGAUCAAACAAAAGAGUAAUUUGGGCAUAUCUCAAAGCUUUUACUCAUUGUAAAACAUGAAGCAGAAAAGCACGCAAUCUUGGAGUUCUUCGGAUAAACUUACCGUGUAUCGGGAAAAAGAAUUUUUACAAAACUUUUGCUUCGACUGCCGCACUUCCUUAAGUGCAGUAAUGACUAAGACGCUGCAUCUUUCGUUAACGUACCUCAUUAACUAAGCUCACAGGCCGUACUACUACAAGUAAAUAUCGGACCGAGGUCCAAUAUUCACUCAGAAAGAUCCUAAGCAAGCUUGUUAAAUGAAAGAAUUAGCACUCGGCUGAAAAUAAUCCCAUGAUAGAGAACUGGAAAGACGCUGUAAAGUUCUAGCGCAAAAUUCUAAUUGAGAGCCGACUAAACGGUUAGAACACCCUUUAACGUCCAAAUAGCCUGGUUCAGGCUCUUGGUGAGUGGACACAAUCGAAAAAGCGGGCAGGCGAUGAUAGAUCCCUUGAUAGAGAACUGGAAAGACGCUCUAAACUUCAAGUGCGCAAUUCUAAUUGAGAGUCGACUAAACGUUUACAACACGCUUUAACGUCCAGAUAGCCUGUUUCAGCGGGCGGGCGACGAUUAGAGUCUGGGAGAGGAAAGGAGAGAGCCGUAGGUCCCAGACCCCGCUCGUCGUUCUCCCCCUUCCCCCUCCACCCGCUUUGGAUCGUCCCCACUGACCAAGAGCCUGAAAUAGGCUGACGUCGAAAAGAACAUGAAAGAAGAGAAUUAUGAUUCUUCCCCCAUACAAGCCAGAGUUUCCCUCAGAAACAACCCCACGCAACCACACCCAGAACUAAUCAGCUGAUAGUUUAGGCUGAAGAUAGUUUGGGUUUGUCACUCUAAACUUCUAACAACCUGACCUGUUCUUUUAAUUGUUGAUAAAGCUAUGGCGACAAGACACCGAAGUCUACUCUUGCCAGGUCGUUUGCCUUGGUGUGGAUAUUGAUUGGUGUCACUGUUUGUUCUGUGAUGACUGCUACCCUCACCAGUGCGCUAACCAAUGUCAAGCUUGAGAAAUAUGACGUGACAACAGGAAAACGGGUUGGCGUCUUAAGGGACAGCCCGGCUUUUCAGGAUGCCGUCAAUUUGGUCGCUAACAUUACAACUCUUGAAGACCGUGAUGAGAUGUACGACUCGCUGACAAACCAAGAAGAAAUCGACGUGCUCGUAGAUGACAUUUUCAUUGGAAUUGAGUCUAUGAAGACGAAGGAUAAAACGCAACAAAUGUCAGUAGCCAACUUUAUACCACAUAACCGAGCCUACGGAGUGGCGUAUGGGCACUAUGUGUUUCAGGAGGGUAUCUCGGACUGUUUAUCAAAUGUGAUCAAGUUCCGUUACAAUGAUGUGCUUAAAAUCACAAGUAAUUACAUCAAAGAUUCUAAGGCUGCCGAAAGUCAAGAGAGGUCCACCGAUGUUGAGCGUAAUACCAUCAACUCGUUUGACUCUCAGUCGCCAGUGUUCGUUGCUGUUGUGGUAGCACUGUCCUUGUUUCUAUUUGUCGUUCUUGUUGGUGGCAAACUGUGCUUUUUCAUAACAAAGCAGCUUAACAAAAGGCGAAAUACUGGACUAAUGGUAACGGCUAGGGAGGAUUCAGCUCCGCAAGUAAUUGCUGAAGAAUUCAAUAUAUUGCCGUCGACUUGUAGUUGUGGACAACAGCAAACAGAGGUUUAGAUGCUGGGAUGCAUUGCAUAAGAAGACUAAAAGUUAAAAUCUGCUAGCUAUGGUUGGAGUGUGACAUGUUACAGUAUGAUUUCUUCUUUAGGGGUAAUAUACCCUGAUGCUCUUUAUUCAAAUCGACGUUUUGUGCAAUUUACAUAUUACGUUGUGAAGAUUUCUUGUACCCAAGAGUACCUCCUGUGGUUUACAGUGGAAGGUAUCUUAAUCUUAUGACGAAGUUUUAGAUUAUUUUUAAGAUUUGUAUGAAGAAAAAGAAAAGAACAGUUAUAGGAGGAUUUUAUCCAAAUUCAUAAAAGUUUAGAUAUGCAGUCAUGUAAGCUAAGGAUGUCGGAUGAAAGUUGUAAGCUUUCGAGACUGAAAAGUGAAUGCGUAGAAUAGAAGAAGCGAUGCACCGUGAAAAUACAGAUGAGAUUAAUAACGUGAGGAACGUGAAUUCUUAUGUUUCCUUCUGUUUGUUAAAAUGAUUCUCUCAGACAAACGUUUAGCAGAAUUUUGAAAAGCUUCAAAAAUACAGAAACCUACAAAAUCAGAAAAUCUCUGAAGGGUCGAAACGUAUCAGUACCUCAAGGGUUAAAAUAAGACCCUGCCGAAAUAUUUUUACAAUAACAUGCGUGGAUACCCAAACUUCUAUUCGGUCUUGUUUCGUAAGCUUCACUCUUAGAUCGGGAUUCCUUUCGCUUCAGAAAAAAUCAAGUCACUUCAACCUUUAACAUUUCCUUUGUAUUUUAUAUUUGUUAUUGCUUAACUCCAUUCUCCCUUAUUGAGUAAAAAUCAUGAAAAACUAACAGUUAUUUUCUUCUUUUACUUGGAAUCUCUGAAUUACACUGGAAUCUCUAUUUCGUAAGCUUGAACCGUUGAACC